UCACGCCUGCGCCAGAGAAACAAGAUGGCGGAGAGUGCGGAAUUGAAGCACUUGCAGCACAGCAGAAAUAGACUAUAGAUGAUCUCUUCACUUCUGAGGAUGCACGGCUCCUGGAACGCACUGCCGGACCGCAACCGGCAAAUGGUGAUGAGCCUCCGUGUCUCAGAGCUUCAGGUUCUUCUGGGAUAUGCAGGCCGCAACAAACAUGGAAGGAAGCAUGAACUCUUGACCAAAGCGCUACAUUUGUUGAAAGCCGGCUGCAGCCCUGCUGUGCAGAUGAAGAUCAAGGAGCUCUACCGUCGCCGCUUCCCCACAAAGAUGGUGUCCCCGACAGACCUCUCCCUCCCUGGCCUGCACUCCGCCACCGGAGGGGCUCCUGCAGGCCUGCCCACCAGCCUGACACAACUGGGAUUUGAUGGACAUGGCUCACCAUCUCUAUUACCAGUCGCACUGCUCGGGCCAAAGCACGAGCUGGGUCUGCCUCAUCUGCCCUCAGCCCUUCACCCAGUCCAUCCAGACGUCAAGCUCCAAAGGCUGCCAUUCUAUGAUGUACUCGAUGAGCUUAUCAAACCCACCAGUUUAGGUGAGUAACAGCAAUGAUCUCUAACAGUUGAUUAGUUUAAUAUUAAGGUUGAAUCGCUUCUACAGUAAUGCAUCUAGAAAUUCAGCUUGUUGGUUGUUGUUACAAGGAGUUUUCAAACUUUCUGAUGCCAAUGAGUAGGGUUUUAACUCUUUAAUGCAUACAAUCACACCGGUGUGAUCAGUCUUGGCUGGUCCCUGAAGCGUACGAUCACUCCGGUGUGAUUAAAACUUUCAGUGAGUCACGUCUAGGGGUGCACAAUAUAUAUCGGACUAGGUUGUCAAAAGACCCGGUACUUCGGCACGUUGGUACUAAAAAAGUGAAAAUGUGACGGUACCAGGUUUAUUUAAGUACCGGUGGUACCGAGUACCCGCUCAACCCGGUUCUUGACGCAUACAGCGCUAUAUUUUCCGCGAAGCUGAAAACGCGGAUGGAAUCUCAAAAUCCAGUCAUUAAAAUGAAACUUACAUUUUAAUAUGGACAGUCACGGAAUUUGUCAAAGUUAGCAUAAAUUAAUCAAAUCAAAUCUCCAUAUGGACCAGUAUCUGUAAAUGUUAAGCCGCAAAAGUUGGUUGAAAUAUGAAACCUGCAUGUUCUGUGCGUCUCUGUGUGAAUGGAUGAAUGUUUGUUUACUACAUAAACUGAAGCGCGAGACGCGUGCAGUAAUUUCAGCAUCUGCCGUCUCAAUGAGGACAUAAAUACAUAAACAACAGCUGCUCUAUGUGAAAUCAUGAACCUUAUGGAAUUUACAGUUUAUUAGAGACUGGGUUUACUGACUAGAUGCACAUUAAUCAUCGGCCGAUAUAUAUCGUGCACACCUAGUCACGUCAUCAUGUUCAACUGCUGAAUUUAAAUAUGCUUUCGAGCAUUGGCUGGUUGCAAAGCCAUAUCGGACGUGCUGAGCACUUGUCAUAUCACAAAUAGUCAGUGUUUCCAACCAUUUAAUGCUUAUUUUAGGUUUCAGACAUUUAAAUACACAUAAGUACUAGCACUAGUACUAGUUUGUAAAAUACACACUAAUGUCUAUAGAAACAGCAUCAAUGAUCUUUACAAAUAUAAUCUAUGUUUUUAUUGAUAAUCAUAUACAGAUUGUGUAACUAUAAAGUUUACUCUGCUCUUCUCCCAGUUUACCGGAGACCUACUUUAAUGUGUAUCGGGAGGAGAGGAUGAAAUUGCGUGUUGUAAAUCCUACAGCUCGGAUUCAGCACGAACUAACAUGGCGAACUAACUAAUAUAUUUACUUGCACAUAUUUCAGAAUUGGAAUAUAAGUUAUUUCAUAAUAUAAUGAGCAUGUCUGUGAAUAUUUUGAAUAAAACAGGAAAAUUUCAAUAAAAGCAAUCCAUGUGA